CUGAGAGAGUUUCUGAGCAGUAUAUUCAGUUCCUGGUUGACAAAAGGUAGAAGGUUUCCGUUGCAAAUAUUCAUUAUACAAAAACUGUCAUUGUUUAUAACCGAGUAUUGGAUUGAAAUAUAUUGCUUUCCUGAGAUGAUCCGAAAGACUGUACUCUGGAUUCUCUGCUGGGUUCAUGCAGCUGCCGCAGGAACUCAUUCACUGCGGUGUUUUGGAGUGGCAACCUCAGAAGGGUCUGAGCUUCCAGAGUAUGUUCAUGUGGAUAUGGUGGAUGAUGUGCAAUUAUCAUACUAUGACAGCACCAUGGAAAAACCUGUCCUCCAACAAGACUGGUUGAAUAAUACUAUGGGUCACGAGUUCUGGGACAGACAAACUUGGUAUAUUCUCAGUGAUCAUGACAUCAUAAAACGGAGUCUAAGAAAUGCAAUCCAGCACUUUAACCACACUGGAGUUCACACUUACCAGGGCAUAGGUGGCUGUGAGCUGGAUGAUGACGGGACCAGGCGGGCAUAUUGGUACCACGCGUAUGAUGGGAAGGAUUUUAUCAGUCUUGAUGUAAAGACCCUGACCUGGGUCGCUUCUGUGCCACAGGCCGUCUACUAUAAAAGCAAACAGGAAGCUGACGCAGCCUUGCAGCAGAUCCUUUUUCACUAUUAUCGACAAGAGUGUUUCCAGACGCUGAAGGGGUACAUCCAGUAUGGGAUGAAGACCCUGCAGAGGAAAGUCCGCCCUGAAGUGAUGCUGAUACAGAGGAAAGCACGUAAAUCUGCAGGAAUGGACGUCAUUUGCCAUGUGACGGGGUUCUACCCCCGAGAGGUUGAGGUGAACUGGAUCAGAGACGGAGAUCAUGUGCUGGAGGAGGGGGUGUGGAGCGGGGAGGUGCUACCCAACGGGGACACAACCUACCAGCUGAGAAAGACCCUGACAGUGAGUCCUGAGGACCAGAAGAAACACAGCUACUCCUGCCAGGUGGACCACGCCAGUCUGGAUGAGAAGAUGGAUGUGAAAUGGGUUCCAGAGGCUGGUCUGAACAUGUGGCUUGUUGCUGGUGGUGUGCUGGCUGCUCUGGGUCUGAUCGCAAUGAUCAUAGGAGCUCUCAUCUGGAGGAAAAGAGCAUCAGGUGUCAGGAGCCCUGACUACACCCCAGCGCAGACAAUGGAACAAAGUGAUACAUCAUCCAACUCCACCAAUAAUGACUCAGGAAUCCAGUGCUCCCAAUCCACUACGUCGCUUCCCGAUGAAGAUGUUCAGAAAGACACAGCCGCUGUCUCCAUGCCCUCCCUAGCAGGGUCAGCUGAGGAAGCACGAGGGUUUGACCUGAAGUUCGACAUUCACAGUCCUAGAUAAGCUGGUGUGACUCCAUUGACACAGAAAUGAAUAAACGGCUCAGCUGAGGCUUCAUCUUUUACACUUCAUUAUACCCUGAUAUUGCCCCACAGAAAGCGAUUGGAUAAACCGAUAGACAAGGAAGCUGUGUUGCAGUAAUCUGUGUCAAAUUAAGAAUUUCUAGACAUUUGGAGAGUUCCUUAUCAGACUUACAGUUUUUUUUUUUUUCUUUUACUGGAGUAUAACUAAUGGUUACUAUGCUAUGGGUUUGAGAUUUACAGAAGAUGUUAACUUUUCAGUGUACUUAUUAUAUUUGUUUAACUAAAUAAAUAAAUAAAUAAACAAACAAACAAAAAUAUAUAAAUAUAAAUAAAUAUAUUUUAAAAGCAAAGUCAGAUGCGAAGCUGUGGCUGUGGCAGCACUUUACCAUCUUCCUUCACCUUUCAUGAGCACUACACUCACAAGUACCUAAUUAAAGGUAACUUACGUAAGAACAUAAGAAAGUUUACAAACGAGAGGAGGCCCAUCUUGCUCGUUUGGUUGUUAGUAGCUUAUUGAUCCCAGAAUCUCAUCAAGCAGCUUCUUGAAGGAUCCCAGGGUGUCAGCUUCAACAACAUUACUGGGGAGUUGGUUCCAGACCCUCACAAUUCUCUGUGUAAAAAAGUGCCUCAUAUUUUCUGUUCUGAAUGCCUCUUUAUCUAGUCUCCAUUUGUGACCCCUGGUCCGUGUUUUUUUUUCUGGUCGAAAAAGUCCCCUGGGUCGACAUUGUCUAUCCCUUUUAGGAUUUUGAAUGCUUGAAUCAGAUCACCACGUAGUCUUCUUUGUUCAAGACUAAAUAGAUUCAGUUAUUUUAGCCUGUCUGCAUAUGACAUGCCUUUUAAACCUGGGAUAAUUCUGAACCCCAUAUACUCCCACGCUGUCAGGCAAUGCGUUUUGACAGAAGUCAGCUGUGUGGGUGCAGCGGCUGGCGCUCUAGUUUGACAGGUGAUUCUGUGUUCUUUAUACAAUUAUGUAUCUGUCUCUCCUACUUUUCCUUCAGUUGAAAUAUAAGCAUUUAACACAUAUCAGAUUAAUUGCAUUUCUGAAAUGUCAAGAUUUUUUUAAAACACGUCUUACAAAAUAAACUCAAUACACAAACCAGUACCUCUUACACAAAACCUUUAACCUUUAGACCGUCCACUGAAGGUAUUUAUGACUAUUUUUGCUAUUCAAGCUGCAUAUUAUUACAUUCUAGUAGUUUGCAUUUCUACAUUACAAGUACAAGGGACACUAGAAAAGUUAUCUACGUGAGUAAGGAGAUGAGGUGAGGCGAGAUUCCUUCCUUGCUGUUCAAUAUAACACCUCCUCAGUGCGAUGCACUUGCUCCACUUUGAAUUUAAUGAGGAUAUCCCAGCAGAAAAGAACUGCUUGGGCUCCCAUCCAGCCAGACAGCCGCUUUGACUCCUUCACCAUUUCAAAACUGACACCCAUGCAGUGUUUCUUCUGAUGAGCCAGAGUGUUCUUCUCUUAGGAACAGUGAGUCUAACUUACCAGGAUCUAUUUAAUAACCUGUACAAAAAUGUGCAAUGGCAAAUAAUAGUGUAGCUUACCCGUUUGUUUCAGAGUUCACAGAAGAGUGAAACAGAAAUGGAGAAUAAUGUGUUUACAUAAAACAUUUGCUGGUUAUUUGCUAUGUAUUCCUGUUUAUUAAUAUUGCCUGUUGAGUAUAUUAUAUG